UAAAUGUCAUCGUAAUCGUCUGACGUCACAAUAAAAACCGGCCGUCGGUUGUCAAAAUAAACCAAUUGCGGAUAGUUGUAUCAAUCAGUUAAUAGGUCAGAGGGAAAAGUAAAGUAGUAGUAACACGCGGAAGUCGUCAUAAAUCAGCCGUUUCCGAAAUAGACUGGAAACUUUCGUAUGCACUCUCGCCAUUACGUCACAAACUACGCACGCGGAGUCGACACAAAAGAAGUCGGCGAUUGUUUGGCUUCAGCGAGUGUGUGUGUGCGGCUGGCUAUUCACACGAAUGGAAUUCUGUGCGCGAAAGUGAAAGAUCGCUUAAAAUAUGGAAGAAGAAAGUGCCCUAUUGGAGGACGUAUUUUAUUUAUAUCCUUCGCGAUCUAUACAAUGCAUUGUCAGAUUAUUGGAAGAUAAGCUAACUGUCCGUGCCACUGCCGGACACAUUAAAGUUGUCAAAUACGAUUCGGUUAGCCUUAAAGAUGUUAUAGGUUGUCACGUUAUGCGCGGUAGGACGGACGGUUAUUACAAUCAUUCCGAAAUUCGCCCAGAUAUCGGUGAUCCGUCUGCUUAUAUUGCCAUUUAUACCUAUCCUCUAACUUACAGAGGUACGUUUUUGAACAAACAACAGAGAAGAGAAAGAUAUGUUUUGACCUUUCGUAUCCUCAAAAGCUCUCACCAACAAGAAAAUCUAGCAAUUGCACAUCAUUGGAGAGUGGCCAUUCUCUGGAUGCUCAGACAGAGUAGUUUACCAUGUGCUAAAGAAUUAUCAAGGUUUCCAUCUGUACCUCCCUCGACACGAAGAUUAUUAGUUUUCAUCAAUCCUUUUGGAGGAACAGGAAAAGCAUACCAGAUAUAUCGAGAAAGAGUGGUUGCUCUUCUGGCAGAAAGUGAUAUUGAACAUGAUUUAAUUAUAACUGCCAGGGCAAAUCAUGCUAGAGAUUUUGUGAACACUGCAGAUCUUAGUCAUUGGAGUGGUAUUGUUGUCAUUUCAGGAGAUGGAUUAUUAUUUGAAGUAUUUAAUGGUCUUAUGGAGAGAGAUGAUUGGAAAAAAGCGAUAAAAAUUCCUGUUGGUAUUAUACCUGGAGGAUCUGGAAAUGGAUUGGCAAAAGCAAUCUCUCAUGCUGUUGGUGAGCCUUACAAUACCAAUAAUGUAAUUUCUUCAACUUUGAACAUUGUAUGUGGAAGAGUAUCUCCGAUGGAUUUGGUUCGGGUUCAAACUUUGGAAGACAAUAUGUAUGCAUUCUUGUCCGUCGGUUGGGGAAUCAUGGCAGAUAUCGAUAUAGAAUCUGAAAAAUUACGAGCAAUCGGAGAAGCUAGAUUCACAGUUUGGGCUCUGGUUAGAGCAUUAGGUUUAAGAAAAUACAGAGGAAGACUGUCUUAUCUACCAGUUGCUGGAAUGAAAGGAUAUUGUAAGAAAAAUGAACAGGAUGAAUGGAAAAUAGAAAGAAGUAAAACCAUGGAUGAUGGUUUUCAAUGGCAUAAAAAUUAUACUAAAGAAAAUGGAGUUUGUGAUGGGGGUUUAUCACGACAAACAAUCGGAAGGCGAUCUAAAAGCUUUAUCGCAAUCAAUUCUGAAGAAGUGACUCUGCCAGAAGCACACAAUGUAUCACAAGUUGAAAAAUAUAAUUAUACUAGCAAUAAUUUGGAGGAAACAUAUAAUCCUAUUUUUGAAGUCUCAAAAGAUGAAAACAUAUGUGAUACAAAAGAAAAUGAUCAUCUGAAGGAGAAUCAGUCUGCAAUUAGUGACCAACAAAGUUCUACAGCUUCUACCAGUAAUGCUGAUAUGUAUUGUUCAAAACUUCCAUCACUUUCAGCUCCAUUACCAGAAAAUUGGAUAGUAGAAGAAGGGGAAUUUGUAUUAGUGUAUGUUUCAUUGCAAACUCAUCUUGCUUCAGAUGUAUUUAUUGCACCAAAUGCAAAAUUGGAUGAUGGUGUGAUGUGGCUGCUAAUCAUAAGAGCAGAUGUCUCCAGAGUUCAGGUUAUAAACUUUCUCACUUGUUUACAAAGUGGAACACACAUUGAUAAUCCAUAUGUUGAUAUGAUUCCUAUAUAUGCAUUUCGGUUGGAACCAUUUUCUACAGAUGGUUUUCUCACUGUAGAUGGUGAAGUUAUUAAAUCUGGUCCCAUACAAGCAGAAGUAUUACCUUCAAUUGCCAGGGUAAUGACACUUUAAUUUUUCUUGUCAGUAUUAACAAAACUGAACUAGUGCCUCAAACUUACUUGAAUUUUAACUUUCAUAAUUUAAAAUGGAAUAUUACUCUAGCAAAAAUUAACCUUUUUUAACUAGAAGUUUCUUGUAAAUAUGUUGUUUGCUAUUUUUGAACUAUUUUAUUUUCUAGUCACAAGAGAUUAUAAUUUUGGCAAAAUUUCCUGUCUUUCAUUAAUCUUCCCAUUUUGAAAUUUUUGUCUAGUAUUAAUUGAUAUAUAAUUACGUAGGAAGGAUUUUGAUUUACAUGAUGUCGGCAUGACAUUGUAAGUAACUGAUUACUUUGCUUGUGUGCAAAAUGAAAAAUUUAUAUUAACAUUUCUAAAUUCCUAUGUAAUGUUGUGAUAUACUUGUUACUAUGAAAAGCCAUUUUUUUAAAAAAAUAGAAAAACUAUUUUUUGAAAUUUACUACAUAUAUCAUGCAUAUUGGUACUUAGAAUUUGUAUUCAGUGAACAAAACUUUAUACAGAUUGCUAGUUUUAUAUCCCUUAUUGGCAGAUUAUUAAUUUGAACUGUUAUCUACUAAAAUCUUACCAUUCAAGUUUUUAAAGAAGAAUUUCUUUUUUAUACUAUGUAAAAAGAUAGAUUUAAAAUUUUCUAUGAAAGUAAAGCUUUGCUUUUUAUUAAAUUUGGUUGUGAUAUAAAAAACUAGUUAGGUUUAUUUUCAUUUAUCAAGUGUCAGUAAAAGGCAUAAAAUUUUUUAAUUUGUUAGAAAUAGUUUUGGUGUAUAAAAUACAGUUGAAGUUUAGAAUGAUUUUUUGUAUUGUUUAUUUAACUGCAAUAUGCAGUAGUAGAUGUUCUUAACUGGAUGGAUUAUCCUUGAAUUUAUUAAAUUUAUAACAGAAUAUUUGGUUUAUUAUAUUGGUUGCAGAUUUUCCUUUAUGUAGAUUUUGUUAAAUUAUUAUUCAAAUACAUUUUUAUAUCAUUAAUAUAUUAGUUGGAAAAAAUUAGUAAAAAGAAGAAUCAAAUCAUUAUUCAAGUUAUAUUAAUCCAGUAUUAUAUUUGCUCAUUUUUCAUAAAUCAAUGGGAUCCAUUGUGUAAUUAGUUACCAGCAUCAAAGUAAAUAUCGUUUUUUAAAAUAUGAGUUUCUUUUUGUAUCACAUAAAAUAAAAUAAUAAACUUAAUUAUAAAUUUAUGAUAUUGAAAAAUAACACUAUAACACUGGCUUGCUUUUAUUCCAUUUUGAUUGUUUUGAAAUAAAUGAACAUUUCCAUUAAAAUUCUAUUCUUGUAUAUAAAAGUUUUAUUUAAGCAAAUUAUUUAUAUAUUGUUUA